CCUUUUCCUCGUCGGAGGCUGGUGGUGGCGACGGGGAUGGCGCCGGCCGGGCUCGUGUGGUGCGUGGCGGCCUUGCUGGUGGCGCGCGGCCGGGCCGACGAGCACGACCACACGUACCAAGACAAAGAAGAAGUUGUUUUGUGGAUGAACACUGUAGGACCAUACCACAAUCGCCAAGAAACCUACAAAUAUUUCUCUCUCCCUUUUUGUGGAGGAUCAAAAAAGAGCAUUGAUCAUUACCACGAAACACUGGGAGAAGCACUUCAAGGUGUUGAGCUGGAGUUCAGCGGUCUGGACAUUAAGUUCAAAGAGGAUGUAAUGCAGACCACCUACUGUGAAAAAGAGUUGGAUAAACCAACAAGAGACGCAUUUGUAUAUGCCAUCAAAAAUCACUACUGGUACCAGAUGUACAUAGACGACUUGCCAAUAUGGGGUAUUGUCGGGGAGGCAGAUGAGAAUGGAGAAGAUUACUAUCUCUGGACCUACAAAAAACUUGAAAUAGGUUACAAUGGAAAUAGAAUUGUGGAUGUCAAUCUGACAAGCGAAGGGAAAGUUAAACUGGUCCCUAACACCAAAAUCCAGAUGUCUUAUUCUGUGAAAUGGAAAAAAUCAGAUGUGAAGUUUGAAGAUAGAUUUGACAAGUACCUUGACCCAUCUUUCUUUCAACACAGGAUUCACUGGUUUUCCAUCUUCAAUUCCUUCAUGAUGGUUAUCUUCCUGGUGGGCUUAGUGUCGAUGAUUUUAAUGAGGACGUUGAGGAAAGAUUACGCUCGCUACAGCAAAGAGGAAGAAAUGGAUGAUAUGGACAGAGAUUUGGGUGAUGAAUAUGGUUGGAAGCAAGUCCACGGAGACGUCUUCAGACCCUCCAGUCACCCUUUAAUAUUCUCCUCGCUGAUUGGAUCUGGAUGCCAAAUCUUUGCCGUUUCUUUCAUAGUGAUCAUUGUGGCCAUGCUAGAGGAUUUAUACACAGAGAGGGGAUCGAUGCUUAGUACCGCCAUUUUUGUUUAUGCUGCAACAUCCCCAGUGAAUGGCUACUUUGGGGGAAGUCUUUAUGCCAGACAAGGAGGGAGGCGGUGGAUAAAACAGAUGUUCAUUGGGGCAUUCCUGAUUCCUGCCAUGGUGUGUGGCACAGCCUUCUUCAUUAACUUCAUCGCCAUCUAUUACCAUGCAUCCAGAGCAAUCCCCUUUGGGACAAUGGUGGCCGUAUGUUGCAUCUGCUUCUUCGUUAUUCUUCCCUUGAACCUCGUUGGCACAAUACUUGGACGGAAUCUUUCUGGCCAGCCCAACUUUCCUUGUCGAGUCAAUGCUGUCCCUCGUCCAAUCCCAGAGAAAAAAUGGUAA